GGACGUUUCCCGUUCACACCCAAGGUUCCCUGGCGGCACCUAGACUUGGGCUCAGCUGCUGCCCCUUGACCCAUGGAACCGGCUCUGGGGCCUGGGGUCCAGAAGGACCUGGGCUCCCUGCAGCAGUGGCUGAAGGCCUAUGUGGAUGCCUUCGAGAGGAGCAUCUCGCUGUCCUCACUGGAGCCACGCAGGUGAGGCUGGCUCUCACGGAGGGGGGAGGCCUUGGGGUCCUCAGCACCCCAGUGACCCCUCUCCCCGCAGGCCCGAGGAAAAAAAAAAGACCAGGGGGACCUGGAGCAAACCCUGCUGCUGCUCAAGCUCUUCGUCAUCCUCUGCAGGAACCUGGAGAACGUGGAGGCCGGCUGGGGGCAGGUGCUGGUGCCCCGCGUACUGGCUCUACUGACCCGGUUGGUGGCCAAGCUGAAAGGGCGCUCGCCGCUGCCGGAGGGCCCCGGCCCGGAGCUGGAGGAGGUGGUGGCCCUGCACGCCCUCCUCCUCUGUGAGGGCCUCUUUGACCCCUACCAGACCUGGCGGCGCCAGCACUGUGGGGAAGUCAUCAGUGCCAAGGAGAAGAGCAAGUACAAGUUCCCUCCUGCUGCUUUGCCUGCUGAAUUUGGAGCCUUCUUCGCAGAGAGCCUGCAGGAGGCAGAGCGCUUGCCCCCCACGCUGCUGCUGCGGCUCAUCCACCUCUUUGGGGCCGUCCUGGCAGGAGGGAAGGAGAACGGGCAGCUGGCCUUGAGCCGCGGUGGGCGCUGCUGGGAGGGGUGGGCAGGGCUGACCCGUGGCCCCUCCACAGACGCCAUCCCCAUGAUGCUGGCCUGCGAGGACCGGCCAGUGCUGCAGGCCACCUUCCUCAGCAACAACUGCUUCGAGCACCUCAUCCGCCUCAUCCAGAACAGCAAGCUAUACCUGCAGGCCCGGGCGCCCCCUGAGGGGGACAGUGACCUGGCUACCCGGUUACUGACCGAGCCCGAUGUCCAGAAGGUGCUGGACCAGGACACGGACGCCAUUGCCGUCCACGUGGUCAAGGUGCUGACCUGCGUCAUGAGUGGCUCCCCCUCGGCCAAGGAGGUGUUCAAGGAGCGCAUCGGCUACCCUCACCUGCACGAGGUUCUGCAGAGCCACGGCCCCCCCACACACCGGCUGCUGCAGGAGCUGCUCAACAUGGCUGUGGAGGGCGACCACAGCACGUGCCCGCCGCCGCCCGUCCGCAACGAGCGUCUCCAGCGAAAGCAGCUGUACAGCUUCUUCACCAGCAGUGGCUCAGGGUUCGAGGCCUUCUUCACGGCGGCCGGGACCCUGGUGGUGGCCGUGUGCACCCGGAAAGAGUACCUGACCGUGAGCCUGCCCGAGGUGUCCUUCGCCGACUCUGCCUGGCACUGUGUGGCCGUCGUCCACAUGCCUGGCGGGCUCUUCAGCCAGAACCUGGUGCACAUCUACAAGGAUGGCCACCUGGUCAAGACAGCACCCCUCCGCUGCCCCUGCCUCACUGAGGUGCACCGGGCAGGGCUGGGGGAGGCUUUGGGUGUCUGGGGGACCUGGACAGGGUGGGGUCUGGAGCCUCGGGGGCCCCGCCGACCCACAGGGCCCAACGAGACAGCACCCUUCAAGCCCGAGGGCGACCUGCGUGAACUCGGCACCAGGCUGCUCCUCCAUUACUCACCUCAGGCCUGUAAGAACAACAUCUGCCUGGACCUGUCCCCUGGGCACGGGCUGGACGGCCGCCUGACGGGCCACAGGGUGGAGACCUGGGACGUGAAGGAUGUGGUGACCUGUGUGGGGGGCAUGGGUGCCCUGCUGCCCCUCCUGGAGCGAGUGGCUGCCCAGCCCCAAGAGGCCGAGGCAGGUCCGGCCGAGACGCAUGACCUGGUGGGGCCCGAGCUGACCUCUAGCCACAACACCCAGGGCCUGACCCUUCCUCUAGGCAUGUCCCCAGAGGAGCGGAUAGAGAGGAACGCAGUGGCGGCCUUCCUGCUGAUGCUGCGGAACUUCCUGCAGGGCCACCCCGUGAACCAGGAGAGCCUGGUGCAGUGCCAGGGCCCUGCCAUCCUGGGGGCGCUCCUGCGCAAGGUGCCCGGCUGGGCCAUGGACAUGAACGUGCUCAAGUCUGCCCAGCUGCUGAUGGAGCAGGUGGCCGCUGAGGGCAGUGGGCCCCUCCUGUACCCGCUGUACCACCACUUGCUCUUCAACUUCCACCUCUGGACCCUCAGCGACUUCGCUGUGUGCCUCGGCCACAUCCAGUACAUGGCCAGCGUAAUCCGCAAGCACAGACAGAAGCUGCAGAAGAAGUACGGGGUCCAGUUCAUCCUCGACGCCCUGCACACCCACUACAGCUCACUGCCACCCGCCCUGUUCUCUCUCCUCUACCUGCAGGUGGUGCUGAGCUUCCUGGCAGCUGCGGGUGAUGCCGGCCAGGUGCUGGGCGCCCUGAACGUGCUGCUGGCACUGCUGCAGGGCCCAGCUGCCCCGUUCGUGGCUGGCUUCCUGCUGGAGCCGGGAAACCUGGAGGUGCUGCUGGCACUGCUGGUGGGACCCAGCUCCCUCCCGGUGGUGCCGUCCGCCCAGGUCCUGCGCAGACUGCAGCAGAUGGAGCACCUGCUUGAGCACAGCCGCCAGCCGCUUCGGCUCCGAGAGUGUGGCCUCCAGGGGCUCGUCGCCUGCCUGCCGGAAGGGGCGGUCUCCCUCCAGCUCUGCCGGGGCCUCUACAAGCUGUUCCUGGGCACAGACUGCCUGAGCCUCUCAGACCUGAUGGCCGUGGUGCAGCUGUCCCUCCAGGCUGACCUCGGCGUCCGCCUGGACAUCUGUCGCAAGGUGAGUGCGGGCGGCAGACCCACCCCCUCGGAGCUGCCCGCCUCCCCAGAGCCAGCCUCACCCAAGCCACUCACCGAGUCCCCUGAACCUUCGGACGUCUUCCUGCCCUCGGAGGCCCCCUGCCCCGACCCCGAUGCCUUUUACCAAGCGCUCUCCCCAUUCUGCACACCCUUGGACCUGGGCCUGGAACGGUCCAGUGUGGACUCGGGCAACAUCGCAGGUGGCGGCAGCGGCGGCAGCGGGACCCUUACUCCCGCCAGCCAGCCAGGCAUGGCUGGGCCCCGGCCCUUCCCCGCGGCCCAGGGCCGCCACAGCUCCAGCCUCUCCAACGUGCUGGGGGACGGCAGCCUCCCAGAGCCCACCGCCAGUGGGGACGACACCUCCAAUACCAGCAACCCUCAGCAAACCCCUGAGGAGGAGCUGUGCAACCUGCUCACCAACAUGCUGUUCCUGGUGACGUGGCGGGGCGUGGAGGACAGUGACGAGGCCGCCUGGCGGGAACGUGGCCAGGUCUUCUCCGUGCUCACCCAGCUGGGGGCCUCGGCCACACUGGUGCGCCCCCCAGACUGCAUCAAGCGCAGCCUCCUGGAGAUGAUGCUGGAGUCGGCCCUGAGCGACAUCAAAGAGGCCCCGGCCGGGGGCCUGGCCAGCCUCACCCGGCAGGUGCUCUGGCUGCUGCGCCUGCUGCAGGACUUCCUGUGCUCAGAGGGCCAUGGCAACCAGGAGCUGUGGAGUGAGAAGCUCUUUGAAGGUGUGUGCAACCUGCUGGACCGCCUGGGCGCCUGGUCCCACCUGGCCAACGGCACGGCGGAUCUCCGGGAGAUGGCACAGAUUGGCCUGCACCUCGUGCUGGGCUACAUCCUGUUGGAGGAUCCGCAGCUGCACGCCCAGGCCUACGGAAUGGGCGGGGAUUGGGAGGGAGGAGGGGACCGGAGAGCCAGGCUGCCUUUGCGGGGCCUGGGAGGAACCACCGGGCAUCUCCGCAGGGACCCGCCCACGCCCCGGUGGAAGAUGUCCAGGGCCGAGACAUACUCACGCAUGCGUCUGAAGCUGGUGCCCAACCAUCACUUCAACGCUCACCUGGAAGCCAGUGCCCUCCGCGACAACCUAGGCGAGGCCCCCCUAACACCCACCGAGGAGGCGGCGCUGCCUCUAGCAGUAACCAAAGAGGCCAAAGUCAACUCCGUGCCCGAGGAGCUGCCGGAAGACCAGCUGGGCGAGGAGGAGCUGGCCUCCCUGGAGACGGCGAUGGAGGCGGCGGAGCUGGACGAGCAGCAUGAGAAGCUGGUGCUGUCAGCGGAGUGCCAGCUGGUCACGGUGGUGGCCGUGGUCCCAGGGCUGCUGGAGGUCACCACGCAGCACGUAUACUUCUACGACGGCAGCGCCGAGCGCGUGGAAACCGAGGAGGGCGUCGGUCACGACUUCCGGCGGCCGCUGGCCCAGCUGCGCGAGGUCUACCUGCGGCGCUUCAACCUGCGCCGCUCAGCGCUGGAGCUCUUCUUCAUCGACCAGGCCAACUACUUCCUCAACUUCCCAUGCAAGGUGGGUGGGACUGCAGCCUCCUCUCCCUGCCAGGCCCCCAGGCCUCAGCCCGGCUCCGUCCCGCCCCACACCCAGAUGCGGAACCAGGUGUACAAGUGGCUCCUGCGCCUGCGGCCGCCUGCCCAAGGCUACCUGAGCAGCCGCUCCCCGCAGGAGAUGCUGCGCGCCUCCGGCCUGACCCAGAAAUGGGUGCAGCGGGAGAUAUCCAACUUCGAGUAUCUGAUGCAACUCAACACCAUCGCCGGGCGGACGUACAACGACUUGUCUCAAUACCCUGUGUUCCCCUGGGUCCUACAGGACUACGUGUCCCCAACCCUGGACCUCAGCAACCCGGCUGUCUUCCGGGACCUGUCCAAGCCCAUCGGUGUGGUGAACCCCAAGCAUGCCCAGCUCGUGAGGGAGAAGUAUGAGAGCUUCGAGGACCCAGCGGGCACCAUUGACAAGUUCCACUAUGGCACCCACUAUUCCAACGCAGCGGGCGUGAUGCACUACCUCAUCCGCAUGGAACCCUUCACCUCCCUGCACGUCCAGCUGCAGAGUGGCCGCUUCGACUGCUCUGACCGGCAGUUCCACUCGGUGGCGGCGGCCUGGCAGGCCCGCCUGGACAGCCUGGCCGACGUGAAGGAGCUCAUCCCGGAAUUCUUCUACUUCCCCGACUUCCUGGAGAACCAGAACGGCUUUGACCUGGGCUGCCUCCAGCUGACCAAUGAGAAGGUGGGCGACGUGGUGCUGCCCCCGUGGGCCAAGUCCCCUGAGGACUUCAUCCAGCAGCACCGCCAGGCCCUGGAGUCGGAAUACGUGUCCACCCACUUGCAUGAAUGGAUUGACCUCAUCUUUGGCUACAAGCAGCGGGGCCCGGCCGCAGAGGAGGCCCUCAACAUCUUCUAUUACUGCACCUAUGAGGGGGCUGUGGAUCUGGACCAGGUGACGGACGAGCGGGAGCGGAAGGCUCUGGAGGGCAUUAUCAGCAACUUCGGGCAGACUCCCUGUCAGCUGCUGAAGGAGCCGCAUCCAGCCCGGCUCUCCGCGGAGGAAGCAGCCCAGCGCCUCGCCCGUCUGGACACGAACUCGCCCAGCGUCUUCCAGCACCUGAACCAGCUCAGGGCCUUCUUUGCGGAGCUCAUCAGCGACGGUGUGCCCCUGGUGCUGGCCAUGGUUCCCCACCGGCAGCUCCACUCCUCCAUGACCCCGGACCUGCUGGUGACGGUGAGUGCCAACGGGCUGCUGGGCACCCACAGCUGGUUGCCCUAUGAUCGCAACAUAAGCAACUACUUCAGGUUCAUCAAAGACUCCACCAAGGGGCAGCGGCUGCUGAGUGGCCCCUGGGUGCCGGGCAGUGGCGUGAGUGGGCAAGCCCUGGCAGUGGCCCCCGACGGAAAGCUGCUGUUCAGUGGUGGCCACUGGGACGGCAGCCUCUGCGUGACCGCGCUGCCGCGGGGCAAGCUGCUGAGCCAGAUCAACCGCCACCUUGACAUAGUGACCUGCCUUGCACUGGACACCUGUGGCAUCUACCUCAUCUCAGGCUCCCGGGACACCACCUGCAUGGUGUGGCAGCUCCUGUACCAGGGUGGUCUCUCGGUGGGACUGGCAUCGAAGCCCAUACAGGUCCUGUACGGGCACGAAGCUGCUGUGAGCUGUGUGGCCAUCAGCACGGAACUGGACAUGGCUGUGUCCGGAUCGGAGGACGGAGCUGUGAUCAUCCAUACUGUACGCCGUGGCCAGUUUGUAGCAGCACUACGGCCCCCGGGGGCCAUGCUGCCCGGACCUGUGUCCCACCUGGCGCUGGGGUCUGAGGGCCAGAUCGUGGUGCAGAGCUCGGCGAGGGAACGUCUGGGGGCUCAGGUCGCCUACUCCUUGCACCUGUACUCAGUGAACGGGCGGCUGCGGGCCUCCCUGCCCCUGGUGGAGCAGCCCACCGCCCUGGCGGUGACGGAAGACUUUGUUCUGCUGGGCACAGCCCAGUGUGCCCUGCACAUCCUCCACCUGAACAAACUGCUGCCGGCUGCGCCUCCCCUGCCCAUGAAGGUGCCCAUCCGCAGCAUGGCGGUGACCAGGGAGCGCAGCCACGUGCUCGUGGGCCUGGAGGAUGGCAAGCUGAUCGUGGUGGGCGCGGGGCAGCCCGCUAAGGUGCGCAGCAGCCAGUUCGCUCGGAAAUUCUGGGGGUCCUCGCGGCGCAUCUCGCAGGUGUCCUCUGGGGAGACCGAGUACAAACCCGAGGAGGAGCGCUGACCACCGGCCCGUCCCAGCGCGGGCCCCGCCCCCAGGGCAGGCCCCGUCCCCUGCUGAGAUGGCACAGACUGAGGACCCAGCUCACCAGCUGCUGCUGCUGCUCCUGAAAAACAGCUCUCGGGGCGGCUCGACCCCCAGUC